AUGGGACCGACGCGUUCUUCGGGCGCACACUUUCCUCCAGUGCUAGCCCCAUCAGCGCAAGAGAUCAUCAGAUCGCAGCCCCGUCUGCAACCCUCACCGCUACCACUCCAGCCCAUUCAGAACUCGUCUUUCCCUCCUCCCUCGGACCCGCACAGGCCAUCGCCGACAAAAAGCCUUCACUCCCAAGGCUCGCAUCCGGGCCACGGAAAACUUGGUUUCGUCCCCAUCUCUGCUCCCGCUCCUCCCAUGUUUACUACCGACUCUCCAACCAAGAAAGCGCCCUUCCAUAUAUACUCUCAACCAUCAAUGCCACAUUCCGCCCUCUUCACGACCUUCUCCAGCGUCAACACAGAGUCCUCAAAAGAGAACCGCUUCCCGGAAGAACCGUCCAAUGAAAGUUUCGCAGACUUCCCAGAACCGUCUUAUGAAUCGAAACUGCCGAUGAAGCGCACACUCAUGGAGGCUGCGCCGCUGAAAGAACGUUCCAACAAGAAGCAAAAGCGCGACGACGCGUCAAUGGCUUUCCUCCCGGAGCCGCACGAGAUGCCGCCGAUUGAAGAUGAUGGUACUAAGCCACCGUACAGCUACGCGACUUUGAUCGGCAUGUCCAUAUUGCGCGCCAACAAUCGGCGCUUGACCUUGGCUCAGAUCUACAAGUGGAUCUCCGACACCUUCUCGUACUACAAGAACAGCGACCCAGGCUGGCAGAACAGCAUUCGCCACAACCUUAGUCUGAACAAGGCUUUCAUCAAGCAAGAGCGACCCAAGGAUGACCCUGGCAAGGGCAACUACUGGGCCAUUGAGCCCGGUAUGGAGAUUCAGUUCCUGAAGGACAAACAAGUGCGCCGCGCGACUAUGUCUAGCCUUCCUCUCCCCGCCGCCCCGCAGAAGGAUCUCAUCCAGUCGCAAACGGCCAGCACCACGACUUGGAUGGUACCGCCACAGCCUGCAUAUUCCGCGCCUUCUCACCGUGCACCUCCUCCCAGACCGCCUCCAAACGACUUGUCUUCAGAUGCGACAUUGCCAGCGUCCGAUCCGGCUCUUCAAGACGAUGCGGACGAAGUGGCCCCAAUGCCUGCGCCACGCCCACUGCCCCCUUCUUCGCCGUCGCAGGCCAUCAGAUCGUCUCCCCCGAUUGCGCCUCCUCGAUUCGCCCGCCAGGGUACACCUCCAACACCGACCCAGUCCGGCCCUACCCCUGCGCCUCGUCCACGCAAACGCAAGUCGAUCACCAUGAAUGACAGCGGCUACUUCUCGUCUUUGGAGUCAUCAGCUCUGCGGCCAAACAAGGCCGGCCACAUUCUGACAUCUGAUUUGGAUAUUGAGCCACCGCGUAUCAAACGCGGCCGUGCCGAAGAAGAGAUUGCACGCAUGCGCAGCUCCUCUCACGAGGUGAGCCCUGGUCAGCCGGCAGCUCGCAAAAACCCCAAUCCCACCGUCGGUUCAUCGCCUCUCCGCAGUCAAUAUGUGAGCAUGCAGCCACCUCCAUUGACGCCGAUCAUCAAGUUCAAGAAGCCCGCCAGGCCUCCGCCAUCUGUGUCUCCUAACACCAACCUGCGCAAUCAUCGUCGCAAGAUUCAGCAAAUGGUCAACUCGCCCAUUAAGCAUUUGGGUCUUUCUGAAGAUACUCUUCCUUGGAGCCCCGCCUUCAACCUUCAGGAUGAGACAUACACACCUCAUCAUGAUCAUUUCCAUGCCAGCUUCGACGUAUUCGCAGACUCGGGAUCAGGACAGGUCACAUAUGGCUCUCCGGAGAAGCGUUCAGCCAAACGCCAACGAAGUGAUGGUGGUAACCCUGUGCUUUCAGAUAUCACUUCCAGCAACGUUAAUACCAAGCUGGGGAUACCUCCGCUGCCCCGCUCCAAGUCUGCAUUCUUUCCUGAAUCGCCGUCCAAGCUCCCGGAUACUCGCUUCGGAGAUGCUGGCCAGGAAGAUUUCUUCUCAUUCCACCUGUUCGACGAGAGCAAUGACAGCCCAACAGACGUCGAUGGAGUUGAUCUCCUACAGGGCUUCCAAAAAAUCGGAGGCAAGAGUCGAGAUGAGACCCUGAAGCCCAAAUCGCUUCACUCUCGACCGCACAUCAGCCACCGCAAUACCACCUUGUUCUAA